AGAUUAAAAAAAACCUGUGGGGUGUUCUGUCUGAAGGAAGCGGCCAUUGAAGCGCCACGAAGCCUCUCUCUCUCCUCUUCUCUCUAAUAACAAAGAGAUCCUUCACUAUUCCAAUCUCCUUUUCUCGAUGUUACCCUCACGAGGCCAGAAUCACACAUACAAAGCAGUCGAUCAUAUCAAUCUCAGGUGUUUACGAUUCUGAUUAAAAGAUUCGAUUCGAUUGAAAGAAUCCACAGACCAAUCCGUCAUGGUGGAUCACUACCGAGUCCUCGGCGUUAACAGAAACGCGACCAAGCAAGAGGUCAAAGAAGCGUUCCGGAGAUUAGCGGUGAAGUACCACCCGGACAAGCACGCGCAGUCUCCCGACCACGUUCGGUUAAACGCCACCGUGCGGUUUAAGCUCGUGUCGGAAGCGUACGAGGUGUUGAACGACGAUCGGAAACGCGCGUCUUAUAACGCUGUCGGCGAUUCCGAUCGCUUUCGUCGCCGUACCGACGGCGGUGGUUCGUAUAGCAAUCCGUACGGAACCCGCGGUUCUGGUUAUGGUUACGGUUACGGUUACUCUGCGAGGAACAGUCGUCAAGCUUCUAGUUUCAGUAGCGGGUUUGAGUCGACGUUUCGUUACUUGACUACACACGCGUUUCUACUUAACCUCGCGUUAGCUGGUGGUAUACUCUUUGCCUUUACUGCGAUUGAUUCAAGCGGAGAAACGUUAUGGAAAAUGCGCAACUCAGGGUUUGCAUAUGUUUUUUCCUUUUUGUCAGAAAUCAUUCGAAGAAGCGAUGGAUUCACUUGAGAAGACAAAGGCACAUAAGGAUGAAGGGUGAAUGAAAGCAGCCAGAGGUACUACUAAGACUUGUAUAUUUUUUUUAUGUUUUUUCUCUCUUAUAAUUGGUUGAAAGGUUAUUAAAAGUGUAAUAGUUCAAAAUGCACUUGUAUUAAUCGAUUUAUGAGAGUUAAUACCUCACGCAAUUGGCAUUUGAGUGCAUAACGGCAAGCAAAGAUGGGAUGUUGUAAUAAAACAAAUAAAACUUUUGGCUUUUGUAUCUGUAAUGGAGAGACAUAAUUGUAGUGGUAGGUUACUUGUUUGA